AUGGGAAAGCCAAAAACACUUGAUUCAUUCUUUAAGAAAAAAGAUGUGAGUCAAUCAAAAGUUAGUACUUGUACACAUUUAGAGAGACCUUUAGCAACGGAUCUCGAGGCUAUAGUGACUAAUGAGCGUCCCUCCAAAUGUCCAAGAAUUCAACCUGAAGAAAUGAAUGCUACCUUUUUGGAACGUGAUCCAGGAUUACGUCCGCAAAUAUGGGAAUUCCCUGUUAAGUUACAAGAUGACAUUCGACGUGCUUAUAUUAGAGCCAAACCAUGUCAACCCAAGCUUUCGGAAUAUCCAUAUUCAGGAAUGGGUAAUAAUCAUCGCCAAUUUCAAGCCUCUUGGUUUGAGACAUACUCAACUUGGUUGGAGUACUCAAAAUCAAAGGAUGCUAUAUUUUGUCUUCCAUGCUAUGUUUUUGCUAAGAAACCAACAGGUCGUCCAGGAUCAGAUGCAUUUACAGGGAAAGGUUUUAACAAUUGGAAAAAGGCAAGCGAUGGGAUGAAUAGUUCUUUAAUGAGACAUGUGGGGAAAGAUCCAAAUUCACCACAUAAUAUUGCUGUGAAAUGUUGUGAGGAUCUAAUGAAUCAGUCAGGGCAUAUUGACAAGAUAGUUGAAAAGCAAACAUUACAAGAAAUAAAGAAUAAUCAGUUGCGGCUCAAAACCUCUAUAGAUAGUGUUCAAUGGCUUACAUUCCAAGCAUGUCCCUUUAGAGGUCACGAUGAAAGCUCUGGCUCGAAAAAUCAAGGUAGCUUCAUUGAAUUGGUAAAGCUCCUAGCAAGCUAUAAUGACGAUGUUGCUGGACUUGUCUUGGAAAAUGCUCCAAAAAAUGCCAAAUAUACAUCACCCAAAAUUCAAAAGGAAAUCCUACAUAUCAUUGCAAAUAAAGUGCGGGAUGCGAUUAGAAAAGAAAUUGGGGAUGCCAAAUUUUGCAUUCUCGUUGAUGAAGCUUGGGAUGAAUCAAAAAGGGAGCAAAUGGCUAUUAUUUUGAGGUUUGUUGAUAAAGAUGGUUUUAUUAGGGAGCGAUUCUUUCAUAUUGUGCAUGUUAAAGAUACUUCUGCAUCAACUUUGAAAAAGAGAUAUGUGCUGUUCUUUCUCGUUACAAUCUCCAAAUUGAAAAUAUUCGAAGCCAAGGAUAUGAUGGAGCUACAUUUGAUGAAAGAAAUUAUGGGACUCACAAAUAUGCUUUGCAAAUCUUUGCAACAAAAGUCACUAGACAUUUUAAAUGCCAUGAGUCAAGUUUCAACUACACAAUCACUCAUUCAAAAGAUGAGAGAUGAUGGGUGGGAGCCUUUGCUUACUAUUGUUAAAUCAUUUUGUGAGGAAAAUGAUAUCGAUAUUCCUGAUAUGAAUGCUCAUUACACUAGAGCUCGAGGUAGAUCUUGUCAUCAAGAUGAAGGGUCUCCAACAACAAUGGAGCAUCAUUUUAUAGUUGAUAUAUUUACUGCUGCAAUAGAUUUCCAGUUACAAGAAUUGACAAAUAGAUUUAAUGAGCAAGCUGUGGAACUUCUCAUUCUUAGCGUUGCUUUAAGCCCUAAAGAUGCAUACAAAUCAUUUAAGAUUGAUGAUAUAUGUAAGUUAGCUGAAAAGUUUUAUCCUCGAGAUUUCACCGAGCAAGAAAAAAUUUGUUUGAAAUUUCAGUUGCAGCAUUAUAAGCUUGAUGUGCCAAAGCAUCAAGAUUUUCAGAAUAUGUCUACAUUAUCUGAAUUAUGUAGAGGAUUGGCAGUUUCAGAAAAAUCAAAGAUCUAUCCUUUGAUUGACAGAUUGAUUCGCCUAGUGUUGACUCUCCCUGUUUCUACUGCGACUACACAACGAGCUUUUUCUGCCAUGAAACUUGUAAAGACUAGAUUGCGUACUAGAAUGGAAGAUGAGUUUCUUGCAGACCAUUUGGUAGUUUAUAUUGAGAAAGAAAUUGCUAAGAAUUUCACUUCAGAGAUGAUAAUGGACGAAUUUUAUUCCAUUAGCGAUCGUCGUCGAGCAUAA